AAAUCCAACCACAAAUUGCGCUAUCCCAAAUUCUCAAUCGUGCCCGGUCAACUUGCGACGGCUAGCUAGCACACCUAACGGAUGAUGAAGGGAUCGUUAGAACACGACUGCGCCGCUGCUAGUUGCGCACCAAAUAAUCAACGGAUUCAUCAGCUAUAAAGAGACCACGAACCUCCGAGCAAGAUCCAAGCUUCAGAGCAGUGCCACUAGCCCACUACAUACCAAGAACUCGAUCGAGGAACAAGAUGGCGAGAUCUCUUCCGGCAAUGGUGUUGGUCGCGGCGCUCGCGCUGGCCGGGCUAGCCGCCGGAGCACGGGCCGGCGACAUCGCCAUCUACUGGGGCCAGAACGGCAACGAGGGCACGCUGGCUCAGACGUGCGCCACCGGCAACUACAAGUUCGUCAACGUGGCCUUCCUCCCCACGUUCGGCAAGGGCCAGACGCCGGUCCUCAACCUGGCCGGCCACUGCAACCCGGCCACCAACGGCUGCACGGGCGUGGGCGCGGACAUCAAGUCGUGCCAGAGCAGGGGCAUCAAGGUCUUCCUCUCCAUCGGCGGCGGCGUCGGCAGCUACGGCCUGUCGUCCCCGGCCGACGCGAGGAAGGUCGCCAAGUACCUCUGGGACAACUACCUCGGUGGGAACUCCAAGUCCAGGCCCCUCGGCGACGCGGUCCUCGACGGCAUCGACUUCGACAUCGAGAGCGGCGGGAGCCUGUACUGGGACGACCUGGCUAGGGAACUCAAGUCGUACUCCCGGUGGGGCCGGAAGCCGGUGUACCUCGCCGCGGCGCCGCAGUGCCCGUUCCCGGACGCGUCGCUGGGCGCCGCGCUCGCCACGGGGCGGUUCGACUACGUGUGGGUGCAGUUCUACAACAAUCCGCCGUGCCAGUACAGCGCGAGCGCCGGCGUCGGCGGUCUGGCGAGCGCGUGGGCGCGGUGGACGUCGAUCAGGGCGGGGCGGGUGUUCCUCGGGCUCCCGGCCGCGCCGCAGGCCGCCGGCAGCGGGUUCGUGCCGACGAGCGACCUGGUGGCGCAGGUGCUGCCGGUGGUGAAGAACGCGACCAAGUACGGGGGCAUCAUGCUGUGGUCCAGGUUCUACGACGGGCUCACCGGGUACAGCGAUGCUGUCAAGUCCCAAGUUUGAGAUAGACUCUUGUCAUGUCGGGGGCGUGAGUGAUGGACAUGCGUCCGUCCAUGUGCGUGGGUCGCGUAAGAUCGAGUGUUCUGCGGAGAAACGUAGAGACACAGCGUGAUGAGUGCGAACGAGCAUGUGUCCAGACUCUGGAGAUCUCUCUGAUGGGCUUCGGCAUGUACUACCUCCAAUGAUUCAGUGAGCUGCGAACAACAUUGUUAUGGCGAGAACA